GUCAGUCCGCGUCGCGAUCUCCCACCGACAGGGAUCCACGCACGACACGCCGCGAAAUUUCGGAACUCUUUAGAAAAAUCGAACGCACUUCGUUCUCUACACAAAAAAAUAACAUAAAAACAAAUCAAAACGUUUAGAGAAUUGAAAUGGAGCGAGUUUCGGACUAAAGGGUUUUUUGGGUGCUUUUUUUUGUUGUCUCGACAUGGUUACAGACAAGACGUUGGGGCAGUGAUGUCCGUCGAGCGAUGCGGCCUGUUGUCAUCGCCGCCUGUUUGCUGCUGCUCGCGCCCAUCACCGACUCCUGGUGGGCGUCUGGCAGCGCAGUGAUAUUGGACCCUCGCAUGAUCUGCAAGAAGAACAGGCGCACAAGAGGCCGACUGGCCCAGAUCUGCCGGAACGAGACUGGCCUACUGAAGGAGAUCACCCGGGGGGUGACCCUCGGGGCCACGGAGUGCGCGCACCAGUUCAGAAACAGGCGGUGGAACUGCACCACCCAGAGGCGGAGCAUGAGGAAGAUACUCAUGAGAGAUACAAGAGAGACGGGUUUCGUGAAUGCGAUCACCGCUGCUGGCGUUACCUACUCCAUCACAAGAGCGUGUACUGCUGGGUCCCUGCUCGAAUGCUCCUGCGAAAAGGGGGCUCCCAAGCCGCGUCGCGGACGUGAAUCAGUUUCACUCCCCCCCUCACAAGUGCCUACAGAAAGGUGGCAGUGGGGGGGCUGCAGUGACAACGUACGUUUCGGUCUCAAGAAAUCUAGGGAAUUUAUGGAUAGCCGAUAUAGAAAGCGGAGUGACAUCAAAACACUAAUAAAACUACAUAACCACAAUGCUGGGAGGUUGGCAAUCAAGAACAACAUGAAGAUAGAAUGCAAGUGCCACGGGCUGUCGGGCUCGUGCACACUUAGGACUUGCUGGUGGCGCAUGCCGACUUUCAGAGAGGUUGGCGAUAAACUACGAGAUAGAUUUGAAGGUGCUGCCAAGGUUAUCGCCAGCAACGACGGCGACAGUUUCAUGCCAGAGAGCCCGGGCAUCAAGAAACCUGGCAAGAAAGACAUCAUCUACUCUGAGGAGUCUCCGGACUUCUGCUCGGCUAACAUGAAGACUGGCUCCCUGGGCACUCUGGGCCGCCAGUGCAACGUGAGCUCAGCGGGAACCGACAGUUGUGAUCAAUUAUGCUGCAGAAGAGGUUACCAAGAAACCUCAGUCAGAGACACUGAGAACUGCAACUGCCAGUUUAAAUGGUGUUGCGAAGUAAUAUGUGAAACAUGUUACAUUAAAAGAAACAUACAAACAUGCUUAUAAUGUGAUAGAUGAUCUAAUAAAUGUUUAUUAUAAUAA